AUGCCAUCCUCGGAGCGAGACAGGUCCCGAGAGGGAGACCUGCAGCUGAGACAUCAACACUCUGCCUCUUCAGACCACUUCCGGGCGCUGAUUCCAAUGUGGGAUAGCUCUGACCCCGAGCGCUGCCCUCCACCGCUACCUCUGAACCCGGGAUCGCCUCUCUCCUCGCGGGCCGGAACCUCGAGCGCCAUUCAGUCUGCUCACGCUGCGCUUAGUGAGCGUGCGCGAGAGGCCGCCAUGCCUCACCUCAACAGGAUUAACAAUGCCUCACCUACAAAGAGCAACUCGCACCGCCGUCUACAGUCUUCCUCCGUCAGGGACAUCAGUCUCAUGAUCGAGGGUGCCAGCGGCAGCAACUCGCCUUCCAGAUCACCAGAGCGACCUAGUCGACCAGAGACGCCUUCAAGGUCGCGCGAACCACCCGUGGACAACCGACCUAUCGACAAGGAGCCGGUACCAUCAAACCCAGGUCCCGGUCCUAGCCUGACACCUAUUUUGCGACCCGCGGUUCGACGGCCACCUCCUCAAAGCAUCUUGGGUGAGAACACACCUCCCCAGUCGUCUACGAUGCUGGCUCUCCAGAACAUGAGCUCCCUAUCACCCACCAAGGAGCCCGAAAACCCUCUCUCCAACAUUACAAACGGCUCAUCGGCUCUGGUGAAGCACCCCCAGAACCUUGAGCAGCUCUCACACCAGAUUCUCAGCCUCACCAGCAUCGCCACAAAUCUCCAGAAGGAGAUGUCUCAGCUCAGUCGACGAAGCAGAGACAAUGCUACCGACCUCCUCAGUCUCAAGGAGGCCACCAACACAAGAGAUGAGGAUAUUCGACGGAGCCUCAGAGAGCUUCUUGGUAGUAGUCAAAGUGGUGGCAACGGCGAUGGUAACCACCGACUAUCUUCCCGAGACCCCUUUGGCGGAUAUUACCUGGACAACAAGCCACACAACUUGUCUCCCCCUGGCUCCAAGCCAUUCCAGCUCCCAAGAAUCCCUUCCCCCAAGAGCUUCUCCGACUCGAUUGAGAGGGGAUCCAUUAGCACGCCCUCUCUGGCCGGAUCGGAGGCGCCUGCAUCUAUUGCUCUCCUCGAGAGGAUCAUUCGGGACAUGCCCACAAAGGAGGGACAGGACUCUCUUCUUACUCGCCUGCUAGAAGUAUCAAACAAGCUCUCUGGAAUGGCGACGUCUCAAAAGCUGGAUGAGGUCAUUGAGCAGGUCAGGGCUCAGUCCGAGCAGGCAAUCGUGCUGGGCAACCCACUUGGAAGCCCUGAUGCGAGCCGGUCUCGCAACUUGAGCUUUGGCGAUGAGCCUAGCCAUAUGGACCUCAUCCCUGGACAGGCAAGGAGUGCCGUUUCUCAACGUGUUGAACACAUCAUGAAGAAUGAGGCCCGGAGGAACUCUGAACCCGCCAGCCAGAGAGCUAACAUCGUCAAUGACGAUCUCAUGGCCAUCAUCCGCUCCGUCAAGGACAGCGUUGCCCAGGGUGGCGGUCUAACUGCCGAGGUCAAGGCUCUCGUCCGGGAGCUCCGUGGUGAGGUCCUUGGCAUGGGCCGGGAGAUUGGCCGCAGACUGGAGCAGCAAGCCUCGCGAAGGAACGUCGACGACCAUGAUAGCCCAAGCAAGGAUGAGGUGGCCCGAGUCAUAGAUGAAGGCCUUGAGCAAAUGAAGGACCAGCUUAACCACGUCCUUCGGGAGCACAGGCGCCAGUCUGCGGCCUCGGUCAACACCCAGAAGAGUGCUGUUGACUAUCAGGAGAUCUACAAUGCCAUGCGAGCAGCCAUCCAGGACAACGAGGCUACCCGUAACAACAUGCCCGACCUCAGCCGAGAUGAUGUCAUUGAGGCUGUCAGGGAUGCCUGGGAGAACUACAAGCCUGAGAUUGAGGUUCAACAGCUUGGACUUGAGCGUGACGAGGUUUUGGCUUGCCUGAAGGAAGGCCUUCGAGAGUUCGCUCCAGCCCCUGCUGCCACCAGAGACGAGGUUUUCACAGCCGUCGUCGAGGGCCUGAAGCACUUUGUUCCCCCUCAGGUUGAGCAGCCCGAUGCUGCAUCGAGAGAGGAGAUUAUCGAUGCGGUCCGUGACUGCUUGGAGGAGUUCGAGUUCCCCGUGGCCCCUGGCCCCAAUGAGCUCACCCGUGAGGACAUGGUCGAUGCCGUCAAGGAGGGUCUCCACGACCUGGAUCUCACCUCGAGCCGUGCUUUGGUGCCUGCCUCUGCGGGCAACGACGAUAUCGCCGAGCGUCUCAGAGAGAUUAUGGAUUUCCUCCGACACGAGUUCAAGGCGAUGUCCGAUGAAGCCAAGCAGAGCCGAGAUACGGAGCAGGUCAUCGAUGCGACAAAGGACGGCUUCGAGAACCUCCGGAAAGCCAUGGAGUCGUACGUUGACCGUGCCGCUGGCGUUGCAAGCCAGGAAGACUUCUUGGAUGAUCUGUUGAAAUCCCUGGAUGACUUCAAGGAUGAAGUGGCCGGCCUCGUUGCAAAUGCCAACCUCCAAUCCCGUGAGCAACUCCAGACUGAGCUUGAAGGCCUCCGUGAUGUGGUCAACUCUUCCAUGGUGCCCGCUCUCCCUCCCCAACUUAACAACACGGAGGUCCUUGAGGCUCUCAACACAGGCUUCAACAACCUCCGACAGGAGAUCCUCCGUCCCCGAGCCGAGACGAGCGAGAUUCUUGACGCCCUCAAUGAUGGCCUCAACGAUCUGCGAGCUGGCAUGGACCGUGUCACCAACAAGCCUGCCGAUUUGACCGCAAAUGACGAGAUCCUCGAUGCCCUCAAGACUGGCCUCGACUCUGUUAGAUCCGACAUUGACACUCUCCGCGAGAACAGCAACGACAGAGCCAUUGCUACUCUCGAUGCCCCUCCACAAGCCAACGAUGAGCUUCUCGAUGCUCUCAAGGCUGGCCUGGGUGCUGUGCGCUCGGAUAUUGAGGCACUUCGCGAUGGCCAUGCCGAGAAGGCCCUUACGCCAGCUGAGCAUACCGAGAACAAGGACAACGACGAGGUCCUCGAAGCGCUGAAGACUGGCCUUGAAUCCAUUCGCGCUGACAUUGAGACAAUUCGGGAGACUACCAAGGAGCCUGCCGCUGCCGCUCCCGUGGACAACACCACCAACGAUGAGGUUAUUGAGGCCCUCAAGAAUGGACUUGACUCCCUGCGGGUCGACAUCGAGGCUCUCCACAGCAGCCAUGAGAAGGCACUCGCCCCUGUUGACAACACGACCAAUGACGAGGUUAUCGAAGCCCUCAAGAACGGCCUUGACGCUCUCCGGGUUGACAUCGAAGCCGUGCGAGACAGCAGCGACAAGGCUGUUGCUCAGGUCGACAACCACAACACAAGCGAUGAGUUCAUCGAGGCCCUCAAGAACGGAUUGGAGUCUCUCAGGGUCGAUAUUGAGGCCAUCCGGGACAGCAAUGAGAGAGCUGUUGCACCUGCCGCGCCUGUGGACAACACCUCCAAUGACGAGGUUAUCGAAGCUCUUAAGAAUGGUCUCGAUGCUCUCCGAGUUGACAUUGAGGAGUUGCACAGCAGCCACGAGAAGGCUGUUGCCCCGGUUGACAACACCACGAACGAUGAGGUCAUUGAAGCCCUGAAGAACGGUCUCGAUGCCAUUCGCACAGACAUCGAGACCCUUCAGGAGAACCACGACAAGGCCCUUGCCCCUGUUGCUGAUAUCAAGCCCAACGAUGAGGUCCUUGAUGCCCUCAAGACCGGACUGGAGUCUCUCCGCUCUGAGAUUGAGUCUCUCCGUGAGACCAACGACCGCGCAGUCGCCCCCGUCGAUCCUGGCUCCGACGACAAGAUUCUGGAUGCUCUCAAGUCUGGCUUGGAAUCCGUUCGCUCAGACAUUGAAGCUCUUCGAGACAACAACACUGAGCGCGCUCUCGGACCCGUCCUCAAUGACCGUGAGCCGCAAGACAUCCCAUUGCCCCCUGACACCGUGCGUCACGAUGAUAUCAGGAACCUUGAGGUCCUGAUCACUGAGCUUCGCGUCAAGGUUGAGGCUCUGGAGCCCCAGAAGGAGGGUGUCCAGAAGGAUGAUCUGACUCGAAUGGAGGAGAUGAUCCGCAAUGUCCAGGAUACCGUCGAUGACAUUGGCUCUCGUGAAAUGAUGUCCACGCGCGCUAUCCCAACUGAGAAGAAGGAGCGCCCUGAGGCCGCCAUCCUUGGUGAUCCUGAGGAUGCCGCUACCAAGGAGGAUGUUCAAGCCAUUGAGACCAUCCUGCGAAACACCAAGGGAAAGCUUGAUGAUCUCAUUGACGGUGAUCAAGCCGUUCGCAAGGACCACAUCGACAAUGUUGAGACUCUCCUCCUCGAGACACGUGAGACUAUGGGAUCUAUCACUACUCAGAUGGAGACGGUCUCCCGCAAGGAGGAAAUCACUGGUCUCGAGACUCUCAUUUCUCAGAUCUCCACCGGCCUUGAAGAGUUGAAGGGUCGUCUUGACAAGGAGAGCGAGAACCCUGAAAGGGUUGUCAAGGCUGAUGUUGAAACUGUUGAGGCCCUCGCUCUCGAGAUCAAGACCGCUCUGGACGGAUACAUCAACACCGAUCUCGCCCUUCUUGCCCGCAAGGAGGAUGUGUCAGGCCUGGAGGCUCUUGUUGCUCGCAAGGAUGAUGUCACCAACCUCGAAACCGUCGUCAAGGAGUUCCACGAGAAGUUGGACCUCACUGUUGAGGCCCAGACCAAGGCUAUCGCAGUUCGCGACGAAGAGACCACCAAUGUUGCUGAGCGGGUGAACGAGGUCAAGAACUUCCUUGAGGAGCUUCAGGGAACCAUCAACAUCAAGCUCGAGGAGGGAGCCUCUGGUGUUGAGGGUGUCGGCAAGCUUCUCGAGACCAUGGGCGAGAAGAUUGACAAGAACGAAAAUGUUCACCAGGAUCUCAAGGACAUGCUCGACACUAUCAAGAGCGAGUUCGAAGACUCCAAGGCUGUCAUGGCUGGUGUCAAGAUCGAGUCCAACGACAAACUUCAGGAGACCACCGAGUCCCUGGGUAACAAGAUCGACGAGAAGAUUGGCGAGCUCAUCGCCAAGUAUGAGUCUCUUUCGACCCAGCUUGAUGAAAGAAGCAAGGUUAGCGAGGCUCGGGACGAGGCCGUCGAGACGGCUGUUGUCAGCUCCAAGACCGUCACAGACGAACUCAAGCUUCUCAUCGAUACUCUCGGCUCAACUGUCACUGAUUCUCUUGAGAAGAUGGAGGAGGCUUCCAAGACUGUCUUCACCAAGGUGGAGGAGCUCGUGACACGCCAUGAGGAGACACACACUGAAGACAAGGCUGAGCAUCAGCAAACCCGGGAUCAGAUCUCUCUGGCCUUGUCUGUCGUGGAGGGUCUAAAGGGCGAAGUUACUGAGGGGCAGCCCAAGAUCAUGGAGUCUGUCAAGGACCUCCUCCUUCUCGUCAGCGAGCACUUUGAGCACUCCAAGACAUCUGUCACGGACAUCCAGGAGAAGCUUGUCGAGAACAAGCCCCCGGAGAUCCUCAGCACUCUCCUGCCCCCCGAGAAGUACGACAAUACCGAGGUCCACGAGAAGCUCAACAACCUCGUGGAGCACAUCUACAACGACUCUGAAGUCCGUGAGCGCCUUGAUAGGAUUAUCGAGGAAAAGUACGAUGACACCGAAGUCCGCGGAAAGCUGGACAAGAUCAUCGAGGACAAGUAUGACGACGCUCAAGUUCACGAGAAGCUUACCACCAUCAUCGGACACAAGUACGAUGAUUCGGAGGUCAAGGAGAAGCUUGAGAAGAUCAUCGCAGACAAGUAUGAUGAUGCUGAAGUGCGGACCAAGCUCGACAAGAUUAUCGAGGACAAGUACAACGAUGCUGAUGUCCGUGAGAUGCUCAACGUGAUCAUUGACCAGAAGUACGACGAUGCCGAGGUUCGCGAGAAGCUUGGCUUCAUUCUGGAUCAGCAAAAGUACGACGACAAGGCAGUUCAGGAGAAGCUUGACUUGGUUCUGGACUCCAAGUACGACGACUCUGACGUGAAGGAGAAGCUUGGUCUCCUCAUUGACCUCAAGUAUGACGACGCUGAGGUGCACGAGAAGCUCGACAAGCUCGUUGACCACAGUAGCACCACUGAUCAGGCCCUCACUCGUCUGGAGACUCUUGACAAGGUUCACGCCUCGGUCGUCCAGACAGCGGCUGACAUCUCCGAGUUCCUCUCCGCCCAGAAGCAGCGCAUUGAGCAGGCACACGAGGAUCACGAGAAGACCCUCCGCGAGACUAUGGCAUCGGUGGAGCGCAAGCUUGCCGAGAAGGACCACGUUGAGGCGUCCGUCUCUAGCUUGCGUGAGGAGGAGGAGAGGCUUCGAAAGAGUGUCAUGAGCCUGCGAACUGAGCAGGAGAGUCUCAUCCGACAGAAGACUCGCCUAACGGGAGACGUCUCCUCGCUUGAGACUGCCCUUCGCGUUCGCAAGGAGGAGCUCUACGAUAUGGAGUCUCGUGCUGAGAACCUUGAGCGCCGCAUCCUUGAAGGUGUCAUGGAUCACUCUCGAGUGCUUCUCAUGUCGAAGGCCAACAAGAACGGCGGCGAUGCUAUGAGCCGCAAGCGAGUCAAGAAGCCUGCCACCGAGACCGACUCUUCUCAGCCUGCCCGCAAGUCGAUGGUGAGCAUUGCUCUCAACGCCAAGCGAAACCUAGCAGCUCCUGCACAGACUGGCAGUGCCCGAAGAAUCGUCUCUCUCAGCCAGAUCAACAACAACGUAGCAUCUGGUGGUGUCAAGCGCAGCCAGAGCGUGCGAACACCAAUGGGCGGUAGCAAGGCAUACCGCAAGAGAAGUUUGGGUGGCCACCUCGACAAGGGUCCAGGCGACAAUGAUAAGGAGAAUGUCGUCGGCCUUGGCGAGGCGGUCGAGGAGUUGGAUGAAGCUGAUGCCCGAGGUGCAGCACCAGAAGCCGAAGAGCCUGGCGCUGGAGACACGACAGUGCUGCACAACGAUGAGGCCGGCGACAGUGACAACGAGACGCUGCGGAGGAGCAGCAGGGGGACGGUCGUCACCAACAGUACCGACAUGUAUACAGAGGGUGAUGAUUACAGCGAGUACAGUGACGACACAGGGAGUGAGUGGACAGAGAGCGCGGUAGGAACCGACGCGGGAUCCAUACAGGAUCAGGGGAAUGACGUGGUGGUUUACGGAUCAUAG